AUGAAGACACUAGUCCUCCUCUCUGCCCUUGCCCUGCUGGCCUCCCAAGUCCAGGCUGAUCCUAUCCAAAACAGAGAUGAAGAGAGUAAAAUUGAUGAGCAGCCAGGGAAAGAAGACCAAGCUGUUUCUGUCUCCUUUGGAGACCCAGAAGGCUCUUCUCUUCAAGAGGAAUCGUUGAGAGAUCUGAUAUGCUAUUGUAGAACAAGAGGCUGCAAAAGAAGAGAACGCCUGAAUGGGACCUGCAGAAAGGGUCAUUUAAUGUACACGCUCUGCUGCCGCUGA